UAAAUGAAAAUCUAAAAAUUAAGUCACAAUUGGAUUCUAUAAGGCUUUGGACUAAUUCCUAUCCUUUGGAGUUGGAUUUGUGGUAUAAGACAGAUGGAUACGAUUUAGAGGAGAAGACCUCAAAUUAUUUGAACAAACGAGGAGAUGAAAUAAACUUGAGUCAUCGAAUAUUUCGAAAAAGCUUGUCAUCACAUGAAUUGGAAAGCCUAAAUGAGUGUGUUAUCUCCAUGAUUUUUAAAAGUACUAGACCUAUUAGGAUUUUUGGCAUGAAUCGACAAUUUAUGUAUGUUUGUGACAAAGAGGAUGCAAGUACAAAGAGAAAGAUAAUUACCGCCAUUCAUCCCCUCGCUCAACAAGCGAUUAUUGAUUCUCAUCCCAAUAAUCCUUUAAACGAACUGAGAGAUAUCGUAUCAGCUAUUUUUAAUAAUGAAGAGUAUUCAAAUGACACUAAAGGAAGAUUUGCAGAAUUAUACAUUAAAAUGCG